GUUAGUUGGUCCGUAGAGCAACACAACGGGAGAAUAACGGGAACUGGUGGGUCGGGUUGGAAAUUCAAUCAAACGAGAAAAACGCGGCCGAGCGUGGGAGCUGAUACAAAUCAGGCUGGAAUCUUCUGCUUCCACUUCCUGGCAUCUGCAGAGACAGGAAUAGCUGGUGGAGUAUGAAAGAAGAAGCAGAGAGACAGGGAUGAAUAUUCUCCCCACGUGGACCUCCUGAUCCAUCAUUAGCUCAAUUUACACUAUUUGUUUAAGUCUAGAAAGUGAUAACACACAUUGUUUUAUUACCUCUUGCUUGUCUUCUGGCAGAGUAAACUUAUCUGCAUUUUGGCCGGAAACUUGCUACCACUUUUUUAUAGACAGAGAGUUAUUAGUUCAUUGUAAUCAUGGCAAACAUGUGCCCGUAUGGCCGCUUUACCCACGCCGUGGUGCGGGGCAUCCCAGACACCUUUGGGAAAGCAGCAGGAGACUGUUCAGAGAACGGGGAGACCUCGGUGGACCUGGCCAAAGCUCAGCGUCAGUUCGGUUGCCUGACAGGAGCCCUGAGACAGAAGGUGGGCCUGCAGCUGAUCGAGAUCCCCCCUGACCCCGAGCUGCCAGAGAGCUGGAGGAUAGAGGAUGUGGCGGUCAUCCAGGGAGACACAGCGCUCAUCACCAGGCCCUUCAAACAGCAGAGACGCAGCGAGGUGGAGGCAGUGAGGAAGGUGGUGUCUGAGCUGAAUCUGACUGUGGUGGAGAUGGGGUCCGAGGAGGGGGACUCUGGAGGGGCCACGCUGGAGGGCAGCGACGUCCUCUUCACAGGGAGGGAGUUCUUUGUCGGCAUCUCAUCCCACACCAACCACAGAGGGGCAGAAGUACUGGCAGACACUUUCAGGGACUUUGCUGUGUCCACCGUCCCAGUCUGUGGUGGCGCCCGACUGAGAAACAUCUGCUCCAUGGGAGGUCCAGACACCAUCAUCAUCAGCAACAGUGACGGGGCCAAGAAGACACUCCGGAUGAUGGAACAGCUGACUGAUCACCACUAUGAAGUGCUCACUGUUCCAGAGGAAUCUGCAGCGAACUGCAUCUACAUCAAAGGUCCGUCUAAACUGGACUUCCUGCUCCACCGGCCUGCAGAGGAAUGUCCCGACAGUGUCUCUGCUUUCCAGAAGCUUCAGGACUACACCCUCCUGCCUACAGCCUGCAGCGAGGCCUCAAAACUGGGAGCGUCUCUGUCCUCGCUCUGCCUCCUCAUCAACAGAAAGCACACCUAUUUCUGAAAACACAUUUUUUAACCAUCGGUAUGCUACACAGCGUUUACAUGUUCAUAGGGGCGUGAAGGGGGACCACAUCACAGAAACACUUUCCACAGCAUACAAUUCUUGUCUAUUUAUUUUUAGGGGAAAAACACUGACACAUCUGUGUGAGAAUAUGAUCCAACUGUAACAUCUGCUAACCGACUUUAUUUAAGCUGAUCCUUGGCACCGCUUCCUCACCAAACUUUAACAUAACUAUCCAUGAAACCACUAAAUUCACCUGUAGUUGCACACUGUUCUUACUUGUUAUCACAACUUUGUUUCUUCAGACU